ACAGGUGAAAUCCUAUUAGCUGACAUUGUUGACAGUGAUUCUUGGCGGCUUUGGCCGUCUGGUGAUCGCAGAUUAAUGAAGGAUAAACAAGUGUACCGGGAAUUGAAAGAAGUGACCUCGGAAAGCCUGGAACAAGUGAAACGUAACUUUGAAUGGGUUNCAGAAAUUAAUGCCCAAACCACAAGCUAGAGUUGUUGUAUUUAUGGGUUCGGCCAGCGACACUGAGCAUGCAGAAAAGAUUCGUAGUACUUGUAAAAGUUUUGGAGUUCCAUGCGAGUUACGGGUGUCAUCAGCACACAAAGGAACCGAUAAAACAUUGCAGAUACUGUCAGAAUAUGAAGGUGAAGGCAUUCCUACGGUAUUCAUAGCUGUAGCUGGCCGUAGUAAUGGACUUGGUCCAGUUUUAUCUGGUAAUACCGCAUGGCCUGUAAUUAACUGUCCACCUGUCAAAGCUGACUGGGGUUCUCAGGAUAUAUGGUCAUCACUUCGGUUACCAUCAGGUCUAGGAUGUACUACAGUCUUGUCACCGGAGGGCGCUGGCCUAGCAGCAGCUCAGAUAUUAUCGCUGAACGAUCACAUGAUAUGGGCACGGCUACAUUGUAAACAACUGAAUACUUGGAUUGGAUUGAUAAAGGCUGAUAAAAAUGUUCGAAAUGAUAAAUAAAUAGCAAAUAGAUUUGCAUUAAUUUACACUGCCAUUCUGUCUCAACUCAUAGUUAAAGUUUAAGAAAUACAGUUUAUUUUUCAACUUGUGUAUUAUUUUUGUUUCAUAUAUAUGGCUAUGAGAACUGCUCUACACACAAAUAAACUCAAUGAGCUUGUUUGCCAACGUUGUCAUGGGAAUCUCUUAGCUUCAUUAUACAUUUUCUUUCUGUCAAUCGAUUUCAAAAGUGACCAUGAAAAUGAUAAAUGUAACAUGUGUUCAAAAGGCCACUUCAUCAACACACGUAUUAAAUCAAUGGCAUGCAUGGUGUACCACUAUUCAAAGUUAGACCAAGUGUUCAUCUAAUAUUCAGUGUAUUGAAUGUUCUUGAGCAGCAUAUCAUAUUUUCAUUAUUCGUGAUCAGCGUAUUCAUGAGCAUAUCAUAUUUUCAUUAUUCGUAAUCAGCGUAUUCAUGAGCAUAUUAUAUAUUCGUGUUAUCAAAUAUCCAUGAGAAGUAUAUCUUGUGUGCAUCAAUAUCAAAUAGGAAAAGCAUUUGGUAUUUUGUUGAAUUAUUGAUUAGUAUCAUAUCAAAUACGACUUAGUCAUGGCUGUAUAUCAUGAAUUAUUGAUUAGUAUCAUAUCAAAUGUGACUUAGUCAUGGCUGUAUAUCAUGAAUUAUUGAUGAGCAUAGCAAAUCAUGUAUUCACUAUCAAUGUUGCAGAUAGCCUUUCUAGUUGUCAUUUCAUCUUUCUGAGUUAAUUAGUACUAGUAUAAUUGGCAGUAGUAAUAAAGGCUUGCUUCAAUGUCUGGCUGAUUGUCAUUUCAUCUUUCUGAGUUAAUUAGUACUAGUAUAAUUGGCAGUAGUAAUAAAGGCUUGCUUCAAUGUCUGGCUGAUUGUCAUUUCAUCUUUCUGAGUUAAUUAGUACUAGUAUAAUUGGCAGUAGUAAUAAAGGCUUGCUUCAAUGUCUGGCUGAUUGUCAUUUCAUCUUUCUGAGUUAAUUAGUACUAGUAUAAUUGGCAGUAGUAAUAAAGGCUUGCUUCAAUGU